GAACUAUGGGUCAAGUUCACCGACUUUGCCUGGAAAGAUGGUUAGGAAGUAGAAGUGAUACCACAUGUGAACUUUGCAAUUUUCAAUUUUGUUUGUAUAGAAAACCAAAGGGUUUCUGUGAGUGGUUUAAUCAGCCAGAGAAUAUCAUCGAUCGAAGAAACCUCAUUGGUGAUCUAAUUUGUUUCCUCCUCUUAACUCCAUUAGCAACAGUUAGUGGAUGGUUGUGUAUAGAGGGUGCCAUAUAUUACAAUUUCAACAGUACUUCAUCUUGGGAAUCUGUGGGUUUAAUAGCUUUGACAGUCUUUCUAGUCAUUGUUUAUUUCAUUUGGAUUGCAGUCUCUCUCAGGUAUCAUUAUCGAGCGUGGAGUCAGUGGAGACGUACUAAUUGGAGUGUUCGUUUACUAAAAGUUCCAGUUCAACAUGAAACCAGCUUAUCAACAUCUGUAGAGUCUCGUGAUAGCACUAAUGAAAUUGACGAUUCUGGGAAUGAAACUGGACACAUGGAAAGAAUUGCAACUAAUACACCUAAUAAUCAUUCCCAGAUUAGCAUCACAGUGAGCUUCUCCACUCCAAGUGUGUCUUUACCGUUAGUAAAUAAUGUCUCUUCUGAAGGUAGAAGUUAUUUGGAAGAUCCACAUCAUCAACAUCAAACCAGAUUUGCAUACAUUCGUGCAAACACGAUAAAUGUAGAACCAGCCUCAACAAGAGUACUGGAAACAUCAGUGUAAUAGUAAUUCUAAAUCCCUUGAUCGAAUAUUUCUAUCUGAAAUGCAAAAUUGAGUCUAAAGCUAAUUAGUUGAUGAUUAUCUGCAUUAGUUGGUCCUCUGCGCUGAGUUAAAUAAUGAUAUCAUAAUAUAUUAUGAAAUUUAUUCAAGUCUAAAAGCUAGUUAUCGUUUUCACGAGUGUUUAUAAUUAUGAAG